AUGUACGCUCAACCUCCCAUGUUCUCGGGGACACUUCAAGUCCAAGCUUGCCACGUCUUCUGGACAAAGACACCGGUGCAGUUAACAUAUCAUCGACAGGAUUAUCGUCAUGAACUGCCCGUGCUACUUAUCCGACGACCAAGUAUUCUCGGUGGAGAAUCCCGCAUUCCUCUCGACCCGUGUAUCCAUCCAGUCCGUCUACUAUCUACGACUACGAGGAUGGCGUCCAAGCUCGAGUUUGCACUCGAGUAUGGAUGGCACACCAAGCAAGUUCGUCUGCGGGCACCUGAUGCCAGAAGUUACAGAAGAUGGAUCAGUCUUGUAAGCGCUGCAUUGGAGUCCGGACGAAGACCGCUUGGAGCUUGCAUAGCUGAACGACCUCCACAAGACCUUGAGUGUUUCAGUCUCGCAUCAACUACCAACAGUAGCAACAACGGCAUCUCAAGAUUCCAUUCCUCUUUCCAGCAACAAGAACCCGAAGGAGAAGAAGAAGAACCACAUCUUGAUCAUGACGUAUCCCACCAGUGGCAACACCCUCGUGAAUUUUUCAUGCUUCGUCAUACUCCAAAGGCUAGAGACCUCCUUCUUGUCUCGCCAAGCAAUGCAGUCAUUGGAAACUGCAGCAGCAACGAUCAACAGCAACGGGAUAUUCAUUCCUACCAAAUGGACCGAUGUUUGUCGUUGUCACGCAACUUCUGCUUGGAAUCCAUAGCCUUUCUCCAUCAAUGA